AGCCCCAGUCACAGCCCCAGCAAGAGCCACAGCUCCAGCUCCAGUCCCAGCCCCAGCCACAGUCCCAGCCCCAGCCUCAACCCCAGUCCCAUUCACAGUCAUAGUCAGAGCACUAGCCCCAGCCCCAACCCCAGCCGCAGCCCCAGCCCCAGCCCCAGCCCCAGUCACAGCCAAAGCCCCAGCCCCAGUCACAGCCAAAGCCCCAGCCCCAGUCACAGCCAAAGCCCCAGCCCCAGCAACAGCCCCAGCACCAGCCCCAGCCCCAGUUACGGCCACAGUCACAUUUCCAGUUACGGCCACAAACACAGUCCUAGCCCCAGCCACAGCCCCAGCCGCAGCCCAAGCCCCAGUUCAAGCCCCAGCCCCAGUCACAGCCCCAGCAAAAGCCACAGCCACAGCUCGAGCCCCAGACCCAGUCAUAGCCCCAGCCCCAGUCACAGCCCCAGCCCCAGUCACAAUCUCAUCCCCAGUCAAAGUCACAGCUCCAGUCCCAGUCACAGCCCGUGUCACAGUUCCAGCCCCAGCCCCAGCCCCAGACCCAGUCAAGCCCCAGCCCCAGUCACAGCCUCAGAUCCAACCCCAGUCCCAGCACCAGCCACAACCAGUCCCAGCUCCAGCCCAAGUCAGAGCCCCACCAAAAUUCCCACACCCAACCCAAACCCCAGUCACAGCCCCAGCCCCAGCUCCAGCCCCAGCCCCAGUCUCAGAGCCUGUCACGGCACCAGCCCCAGACACAGCCUCAGUCACAGCCCCAGCCCCAGUCUCAGCCGAAGCCCCAGCCCCAGUCACAGCCCCAGUCACAGCCCCAGCCCCAACCCCGGUCUCAGCACCAGCCGCAACCACAGCCCCAGCUCCAGCCCCAGUCACAGCCACAGCCACAGUCACACACCCAGCCCCAUCCACAGACCCAGUCUCAGACCCAGUCACAGCCCCAGUCCCAGCCCCAGCACCAGUCGCAGCCCCAGUCACAUCCGAAGCCCCAGCCCCAGCACCAGUCACAGCCGCAGCCCCAGCCCCAGUAUGAGCCCCAGCCCCAUUCCCACACCCAGCCCAAACCCCAGUCGCAGCCCAAGCCCCAGCCCCAGCCCCAGCCCCAGCCCCAGCCCCAGUCACAGCCCCAACCCCAGUCACAGUCACAGCCCCAGUCACAGCCCCAGCCCCAGUCACAGCCCCAACCCCAGCCACAACCGCAGUCCCAGCUCCAGCCCAUUCCCACACCCAGCCCAAACCCCAGUCGCAGCCCAAGCCCCACCCAGCCCCAGACCCAUCACCAGCCCCAGCCACAGUUACGGCCACAGUCACAGUUCCAGUCACAGCCACAAUCACAGUCCUAGCCCCAGCCACAGCCCCAGCCGCAGCCCAAGCCCCAGUGUCAGCCCCAUUCAAAGUCACAGCUCCAGUCCCAGUCACAGCCCGAGUCACAGCUCCAGCACUAGUCACAGCCCCAGCCCCAGUCACAGCCCCAGCAACAGCCACAGCCACAGCUCCAGCACCAGCCCCAGUCACAGCCCCAGCCCCAGUCACAGCCCCAGCAACAGCCACAGCCACAGCUCCAGCACCAGCCCCAGUCACAGCCCCAGCCCCAACCCCGGUCUCAGCACCAGCCGCAACCACAGCCCCAGCUCCAGCCCCAGUCACAGCCACAGCCACAGUCACACACCCAGCCCCAUCCACAGACCCAGACCCAGCCCCACUUCCAGCCACAGUCACACACCCAGCCCCAUCCACAGACCCAGACCCAGCCCCACUUCCAGCCACAGUCACAUUCCCAGCCACAGACACAGCUCCAGCACCAGUCACAGCCCCAGCCCCAGCCCCAGUCACAGUCAUAGCCACAGCCACAGCUCCAGCCCCAGCCCCAGUCACAGCCCCAGUCACAAUCACAGCCUCAGCCCCAGUUACAGCCCCAGUCUCAGCUCCAGUCACAGUCCCAGUCCCAUCCCCAGCCCCAGCCCCAGCCCCAGCCCCAGUUGCGGCCACAUUCACAGUUCCAGUCAUAGCCACAGUCACAGUCCUAGCCCCAGCCGCAGCACAAGCCCCAGUCUCAGCCCCAUUCAAAGUCACAGCUCCAGCCCCAGUCACAGCCCCAGCCCCAGAUCCAGUCAGCCCCAGUCAAAGCCCCAGACCCAGUCAUAG